AUUUUUUUUAAAAUUUCGGAUUCGUCCACUGGUGCUAGCAACUUUAAAGAAAGAAUUAAAAGGAGAAUAUAAAUACACAGUUGCAGACUUGCAGAGGAGGAGAAAGCUGAUAUCUGCAGACGACAGGCAAACCCUUUGUUACAGAAACCAGUGACGAUGAUGAUGUCGUUGUUGGAAGACGAAAAGAGGAAGAUCAACUACCAUCGGAGAAGCUUCUUGAUGAUAAGCCUCUUCUCUUGUCUCUUUCUUGUCUCCUUCUUCUCCUUUCUCAAGCCCUCCUUCAAUGGCGUCUCCCUCUCCCUCUCCCUCUCCCUCUCCAACUCCAACUCUCCCAGCUUCGGAGCUGUUAACAGGUCUCUCAGAGAUCGCCCACCUUCCACUUACGCCCUCAAUGUCGAUUCAUACUCCAAACUGGUCGCUACUCGGACUGAAAAGUACGAAUCCGAUGUCUUUCAAGCCGGUGGAUAUGACUGGACACUGGUUCUGUAUCCGACAGGUAACACGAAAGACAAUGGAGCGAACCAUGUCUCGCUGUAUUUGUCAGUGUACAAUCCGGGUUCCUUGGACAAGAACUGGGAGAUCUACACCCAGAUCAAGUUCUUCGUGUACAAUAAGCCCCGGAACAAGUACUUGACCGUGGAAGAUACGGAAGUGCAGAGAUUCGACGCUGCGAAAACAGAGUGGGGGUUAGGGCAAGUGAUAACAUUGGAGACAUUCAACAACGGCAAGAACGGAUACCUUGUCGGGGACAGUUGCCAAUUCGGGGUGGAGGUGGUCGUGCUGAGACCGUACCAGAACUCGGAACGUCUCACCUUGUACGAGAAGCCCGCAGACAGGAAGUUCACGUGGAGGAUCUUAGCCUUCUCUCGCCUCGACAAGUCCAAGUUCCUGUACUCCGGUGACUUCCUCGUCGCCGGCAGCAAAUGGAAACUUCGGGUGGCACCAGGAGGGGAUGGGGAUGGAUGGGGAAACUCCUUGUCCGUGUAUGUGGAGUUGCAUGAUACUCAGAGCUUCCGAGUGAAUGAGAAGGUUUACGCCAGAGCUAAUAUACGAGUUCUCAACUCCGACCCUUCCAAGAACGCCCAGAAACAACUUGGGAAAUGGUUCUCUAAGAAUGUCCCUGCCCUCGGCUUCCAAAAGUUCAUGCCUCUCUCCGAUCUCAACGAUCCUUCCAAAGGUUAUGUCGUCGGUGACAGAUUGAAUCUCGAAGUUGAAUUCGAUCUCGUCUCCAAGACUCAGUACACUCCUUAGACUGCAGUCUCAUCUCACCCACUGUCUUUUGGAUUUCCAAUGUUGUUGUCACUUUAGAUUGGCUUGCACUCUUGCUUUGUACUUUUCAUCUUAUAUGUAGAACUUGUCUCCCUAUAAACUAAUAUAAAUCCCUAUAGGGCGUACCUGAUUUCC